ACGAGAUGACGGCGAGGAAAGACGCUUUCCAACCACUGUCCAGCUCUCGCAUCCCGGAGAGGAAGGGAGCGGCUGACCGGGGGAAGACUAACCCGGACUGGUCUUAUCCUUUCCCGCAACAGGAGCCGGAGAAAGGCCAUUCGACAACGGGGAUCCAUGCCCAUGUCGUGGGGGCUGUCGGGGGCUCCGGGGCCGUGGAUGAGUCUUCAGACAGCGAGGGAGAACAAGAAGGCCCGCAGAAACUCAUCCGGAAAGUGUCGACCUCCGGACAGCUCAGAAGCAAGACAAGUGUGAAAGAGGGACUGUUGCUGAAACAGACAAGCUCAUUCCAGAGGUGGAAAAAACGCUAUUUCAAACUGAGAGGACGCACACUUUACUACGCCAAAGAUGCCAAGUCUCUGAUAUUUGACGAGGUGGACCUAUCAGAUGCCAGUGUGGCUGAGUCCAGCACUAAGAAUGUCAACAACAGCUUCACGGUGAUCACUCCAUUCCGCAGGCUCAUCCUCUGUGCGGAGAACAGGAAAGAGAUGGAGGACUGGAUCAGCUCGCUGAAGUCCGUCCAGUCCAGAGAGCAUUACGAGACAGCACAGUUUAAUGUGGAACAUUUCUCAGGGAUGCACAACUGGUAUGCCUGCUCCCAUGCACGCCCCACCUUCUGUAACGUCUGUAGAGACAGCCUCUCUGGCGUCACUUCCCACGGCCUGUCCUGCGAAGUGUGUAAAUUCAAAGCUCACAAGCGGUGUGCCGUCAGGGCCACCAACAACUGCAAAUGGACCACACUGGCCUCCAUAGGGAAAGACAUCAUCGAAGACGAGGAUGGGAUUGCCAUGCCCCACCAGUGGCUGGAGGGGAACCUGCCUGUUAGUGCCAAGUGUGCCGUGUGUGACAAGACCUGUGGCAGCGUGCUCCGACUGCAGGACUGGCGCUGCCUCUGGUGCAAGGCCAUGGUACACACAGCUUGUAUGGACUUGUACCCCAGGAAAUGUCCCCUGGGCCAGUGUAAAGUCUCCAUCAUCCCUCCUACUGCUCUCAACAGCAUCGACUCGGAUGGCUUCUGGAAGGCCACCUGUCCCCCGUCCUGCGCCAGUCCUCUACUGGUCUUUGUCAACUCCAAGAGUGGAGACAACCAAGGGGUUAAAUUCCUACGACGUUUCAAGCAGCUCCUCAACCCUGCUCAGGUGUUUGACCUGGUCAAUGGCGGACCACAUCUAGGGCUGCGUCUCUUUCAGAAGUUUGAUAACUUCCGGAUCCUGGUGUGUGGAGGGGAUGGGAGUGUAGGUUGGGUCCUCUCUGAGAUAGACAAACUCAACCUCCACAAACAGUGCCAGCUGGGAGUGCUGCCCUUGGGCACAGGAAACGACCUGGCGCGGGUGCUGGGCUGGGGCCCAUCGUGUGACGAUGACACGCAGCUUCCCCAGAUUCUGGAGAAACUGGAGCGGGCCAGCACCAAGAUGUUGGACCGCUGGAGCAUCAUGACCUACGAGAUAAAGCUCCCCUCCAAACACAGCGGGCCCGUCACGCCAGACGACACUGACGACGGCCAGUUCCAGAUCUCAGCAUAUGAAGACUCGGUAACUGCCCAUCUCACCAAGAUCCUGAACUCUGACCAACACUCUGUGGUCAUCUCCUCCGCUAAGAUCCUGUGUGAGACAGUAAAGGACUUUGUUGCCAAAGUGGGAAAAUCUUACGAGAAAAGUAUUGAGAAUACAGAGGAGUGUGACACUAUGUCUCUCAAAUGUGCCAUCCUGAAUGAGAAGCUAGACUCACUCCUACAGACCCUCAACACAGAAGCCCAGUCACUCCCACCACCUCUUCCCCUUUCCACACCACCAAUCGUUGAAGAGGAGGAAGAGGAAGAAGAUGAGGAGGAGGAGGUGAGCGAGGAGUCGUUGACCGAGCUGAAGGAGAAACUGGAAGCGGAGGAGAGCGAAAAGAGAGGAGAGAAAGGAGGAUGUUCGCCACACAAGCUGUUCAGAGCUAAAGAACAGCUGAUGUUACGAGCCAACAGCCUGAAGAAGGCUGUACGACAGAUCAUUGAACAGGCCGAGAGAGUGGUGGAUGAGCAGAAUGCCCACACAGAGGAGCUGGAGCUGCCAUCCCCGUUGGAGUUUAGGAAGGAAGGAGAGGAGGACAACAGGGACAGUGAGAAGGACGAGGACACCAAGGAACUGGAAGCCGUGCCAUUGGCUAAGAGUCCAUGUUCUCCUCCUGAGAGGCUUGUAAGUCGCAGCAGCCAAUCCUGUGGCUCGUUCUCCAUCAUGCCUUUCACCACCAGCAAGGAGAACCUGCCUGUACUCAACACACGCAUCAUCUGCCCUGGUACAUCCUACGGUUUGCGUGCUGGUCUGGCAGCUUCUAUAGCCGGUAGCUCCAUCAUCAGUAAAAUGCUGCUGGCCAACAUCGACCCAUUUGGUGCUACGCCCUUCCUGGACUCUGACCUGGACUCACUAGAGGGCUUUAGUGAGAAGUGUGUCAUGAACAAUUACUUUGGCGUUGGGCUGGAUGCUAAGAUCACCUUGGAGUUCAACAACAAGAGGGAGGAACACCCAGAGAAGUGCCGGAGUCGUACUAAGAACAGGGUGUGGUAUGGUGUUCUGGGCACCAAGGAGCUCCUCCAGAGAACCUACAAGAACCUAGAACAGAAGGUUCAACUGGAGUGUGACGGUCAGUACAUCCCCCUGCCCAGCCUUCAGGGCAUCGCGGUGCUGAACAUCCCCAGCUACGCUGGAGGAACCAACUUCUGGGGAGGCACCAAGGAGGAUGACAUCUUCUGUGCCCCGUCGUUCGAUGAUAAAAUCCUGGAGGUGGUAGCCGUGUUCGGCAGUAUGCAGAUGGCUGUGUCCAGAGUCAUCAAACUACAACACCACCGCAUAGCACAGUGUCGCUCAGUGAAGAUCACGAUCCUGGGAGAUGAGGGUGUUCCUAUCCAAGUGGACGGGGAGGCCUGGGUACAACCUCCUGGAGUCAUCAAGAUCCAACACAAGAACAGAGCCCAGAUGUUGACCAGAGACAGGGCGUUUGAGAACACUCUGAAGUCGUGGGAGGACAAGCUGAAGUAUGACAAGCUGCCCCUGCGGCCUCACCUUUACCCCCAGCAGUCUGUGGACCUGGCCACUGAGGAGGAGGUAGCCCUCGUACAGCUGGUUGCCCGUGCAGCGGACGAGCUCAUCACCAGGAUCUGUGAGGCAGCCAAGACCAAUGGGCUUCUAGAGCAGGAGCUUGCUCACGCCGUCAACGCCUCAUCACAUGCCAUCAACAAGACGCACCCAAAGUUCCCAGAGAGUAUGGCCAGGAACACAGCUAUAGAAGUAGCCAGCAAUGUGAAGGCUUUACACAACGAGACUGAAUCCCUUCUGGUGGGACGAGUAUCACUGCAACUGGAACCCUCAGAUGAAGAGUCUUUAUCCAGUGCUCUGCAGAGUGUGGAGAUGGAGCUAGGCAAACUAGUGGAUAUCCCCUGGUUAUACCAUAUACUGCAGCCCAAUGAAGAUGAGGACCCCUCGUUAGAGUAUGGCAAGAGGAACAGUCGUAGCAGCAUGUUCAGAAUUGUGCCAAAGUUCAAGAAAGAGAAAGCUACCAAGAAGACCAGCCCUCAGUCAGGAUCUGGGGAUAUCGAAAGUGGGUCAUAUGAAGAGAAUUCUUCAGGGAACUAAGGACCUGGCUAAGACCGCCAUGAUUGACCUCUAACCCAGAAGUAGUUGGAGAGGAAGUGCCCCUCCACCACAGAGGAAGUAUUUUGGAGCUCCGCAGGAAGAGCUGAAUGCCUGGUAUCUUGGGAUGAAUGGAUGGAUUCGAUCCUGUGGAUGAAUUUGGGAAUGCUGUUUCAGAGAAGCUUUACAACAGAAAUGUUUUAGUGAGGCUGUGAAUGGUGCCAAAAUGGAAGAUGGAACUUGAAAGCAGUUGACAGUGCAAAGAAGGAAGUCAUGGAUCUUCACAAAAAGCCAUUUUUCUAAAAUCAUAUUUCCAUUCAUGGCACAAUCAGGUAUGCAACUUAUCAUCAUUAUAAAAGUUUGAUUGGUCGCCUGGCAUCGUAGAGAAGGCCCAAUCCAAGUAGCAACAAGGUGACUUCCAUGAGUGUGUCCUACCAGCGGGGUGUGAGUGUGUCCAUUUCAAUACAGUACCGUAUGGCUUUGUGAUUGGCUUACUGGCUCUUUGCUUAGCAGUAGAUGGCUACAGAUGCAACACGACAGUCACAAUACCCUGCUUUCACUGUUUAUACCAGAGGCGAUGGCCUACGUCCCAAAUGGCACCCUAUUCCCUGUGUAGAGCUCGACUUUUGAGUGGUGCACUAUGUAGGGAAUAGGGUGGGAUUACAGAUGUGCCCUGGGAGAAGGAGAGAUGCAACAUCACAACCUAAAGAGAGUGAAGCGAGGUCUCUGAAAACAGUGAGACAUAUGUUGCAUGCUAUGCUAGCUUGACUUUGGAUAUCUAUUUGGAAUUGCAUGAAUAGUGUUUCGAUUUUUUGGUGUAAAAAGAUAACACUUGAACAAUUUUUUUUUUUUAUAUGACUUUAGUAUUAUUAUGCCAUUUGUUACUACUGAAAGCAUCAUUUUGGUUUGAAUAGAAAAAAAAUGUUGAUGACUUUUAUUUAUUUGUUUUUGCAUGAUGAUUCUGUGUCAAAGACCUAUGUCAUGUGCCAUAUUUGAGUCAUUUUAUUGUAAAUGUGCUUUAUUGGUAAGAAAACAUCAGAAUUUAAGACAAGUUAUCAGAUUACAUAUUAGGAGUUAUGUUUUGUCAUUUGACACGUUUUCUGUUGAUGUGAAAAUCAGUACCAAAGUGAAUGUCCAAGACACUUCCGAACUUAAAUGUUAACUUUGAAAGUAGUGAAAAUAUUGUUAUAAUGUUUGAGAUAAAUAGCAGUCACGUAUAGAGGGAGUGAAGUUGAUGGUUGUAAGCCAACAAUUUCAUAUGUUUAUGGAAUACUUAAUAGGCACUUUUCCAUUUUGGGUGUUUGCAAAGUUACAUCCUCAUAUCAGUAGAUACAUUUUACUUCAAUCUUUAUCAUUUAAACACUCAGUAUUUCACAGAGUAACACUAUGGUAGUGGGAAUAGGAGUUAUACAUUGAUUUAAGUAGAGCAGCUGAGGAGCAAAGGAGUUUUGCUAAUGUGCAGCCUUUCUAAAUUGCUCAGUGUGAUAUGUAAUGUUAAUAGGACACUUAUUUUGUUAGAUUGGUUGCAUUACAGGGUAUAUUUGUAUGUGAUGCUAAGUAUGCAUUGUAUAUAUGCAAUCUAAACCAGUGUAUGAUACACUGUUAGUAGUUAUUCUAGUCCAAUGCCUUUGUAGAUUGCCCACAUGACAUGCAGUGUCAACAGCUAACAGGUUUUGAUGACAUUGUUUAUUAAUUUGCACCAUAAACACCAAUUGUAGAUUAUUGCUUUUGUUAAGUAGACUAAUCUCUCCCGUAUUUGUUUAAUGCUGUUGUAUUUUAAUGGAGGUGCAAUAUUGUAGUGGUUUUGAUACAGUCUCUCUGACGUGUUGUUUCGCUGUGGGGAAAACCGAAAGGGUUUUGUAUACACGGACGGACUUUUAAAUUAAAUAGCGUUUUUAACUAGUUAAUUUUAAUUCAAAAAUUCUUCCAACAUCUCACUGGUUUUUAGUCUCGUUCCUCUGUGCUUCCAGGAUGAUUCUCAAAGCAGGAUGCAGGAAAUCAUAGACUGUUGAACAGGCAGACCUGACUGUUGUUCUAUGUAUUUAUAUACGAUCCCUUGUAUGUUCAUUUACAUCAGCUAAAUACUUAGCAACAACUGUAUGUUUAUCAUUGAUCGGCCAAGUUGUAAUAUCAAUUGAUCCAAUGAUUAUUAUUAUAAUGUUUUUUUACCUGAACAAAACUGUUCAUAUCAGGAUCUUGGCUCGCUUUAUUGUACAGUCCUCCUGUACCCCAAUAUCUACUACCAAAUGGAAAUAGGAAGUUAUUUAACAUUUAACAUUUAAGUCGGGUUACUUUAGAAGGGUUACUUUAUCCUAUCCUAGGUAUUCCUUAAAGAGGUGGGGUUUCAGGUGUCUCCGGAAGGUGGUGAUUGACUCCGCUGUUAUCAUUCAGUUCAGUUAUCAUUCAUGAUCACAUGGUAAUUACAUUUAGGCUUCUUUAGGAUUCAUUGAGAAAGCAAUUAAUCUUUUUGGUACCAGUUGGUUACCAAUUGUGUUCAUUUAUUUGAAGUAAGCGCCAGAAAGUAGCUUGUAUCUAAUACUCCAUAAUUGUGCAGUGUAAAUAUAGGACUGUAAAAUAAAGCAUUACCUACAAUAUUCUUAGAGGGUGCCACAUAUCACAACUUGAAAUUCCUAGUUUCCCACCAACCUCUCUUUUGGUGACUUCUUAAGAGAAUUGACAUUAUCAAGAAGCAUAUAGACUAUCCUCACAGUCACGUAUUUUUUUUAUAACAUGAAACCCAAAUCAUGAGGCCUUUAAAUGUCCUGAAACGUGAACUUUUUUUUCUAGUCCUACCUUAGUAAAAAAUAGUCUAGACAAAAUAAAUGUGCUUUAUUGCAAGUAUGAUUGUUGUAAAAAAAAAAAAAAAUAUUAUAAUAAUUAAAGUUCAUAGCCCCAAGCUAGCUAGGUUCCUAACCAAAGAUAUGAAUUAAACAUAUUCUGAACUUUCAAUCUUUUAUGAAAUCCUAAGUACCCAACCCACAAUUCUUGAUCAUUAACUGUAUGUCAGUCAUUGUGUGACAGUCAGAUGACUAUCAGUUCUUUGUUUGUGCCACAGUCAUGUCUUGUUGUCUUUAAGUGGCUUUGUUAUGGGCUGGUAUCACAGACAUAUUGAAUAUUGAUUCAUUUUAAGUAGGCCUAGCUCUUGUUCUCAGAGUGGUUUAACAUUCGAAUACAUAGUUCUGUAUUCAUAUUAAAACCACAUGUUCAGUAGUCUGAAUUCAAGUGUAAUCUAGGUAGUUUAUGUCUGUGUUUUCAGCUCAAUGUGCUUUAAUCUGAGCUGUGCAUUUCCUCACUGCAGGUCAAACUCAAAGCUUUAGUUCACAGGCUUUGUGUGUCUGUCUGAAGGGUCUCUGCCUGGUUUUGCAUGACUGUGUUAGACCCCACUCCAGGCUUAGAGACAGAGCUUAAGUUCUCCAAUCUGGGGAGAGGUUUCCCGUACGCACAGAUCUAAGAUCAGCUUACCUCCCCCAAUCCUUACCAUAACAAUUAGAAGGGGAAAACGCAGAACUGACCUUAGAUCAGCAUCCAAGGGCAACUUCAACCUACUCCAUGUUUUUCCAGUGUUGUGUGUAUAUAUAAUGCUGCAAACUGCCUGGUUUUCAUGAACCAACCAAACCCUAUGUGAGGAUAUUUUAGGAUGAUGGUCUAUAACAUGGUGGAAGAGAAGUGAGUUUCAUUUGUUUACAUUAUGUUUACAAUGGCACAGUUUUAAGAAUAAAUAUACAUAGAUAUACAAUAUUUGCAUAUUUAUUGCCUAAGGUUAAACAAUAUGAUGAUGUGUAACUGUGUUUUCAUCUUUGGAAUAUAAUGUUACAGUUGUCACCUGUGUUACUAUCUGGAUGAUUUUGGUGAAGUAGUUGGUCAUUUUUAUGACUAAUAAGUGACUGUUUGCUGUGCCUUUUUAUGGUUAGAAUGCAUGGUUAACUAUUUAUUACAAUAUGGAAGUCACUGAGAUGUGUAUUUUUGUAUUCUGAUUAAAUAAAUGGUUCAACUUUGUUGUA